AUAAGUGAUCAUUUAUAUAUUCGGAAUAUUUAUGAGUGUCAUUGUGUUGUUGUGAAAGGAAUAUUUUCGUUUUUAGGAUAUCUUCGUUUCAUAUAUUAAAUGUAGAUGUGUUUUUGGAUUUAAAUCUUUCUGCUGAUUUGGCAUUUUAAAAAUAUUUAUCAAUCGGAAGAAAAAUAGCCCAUAAUUGUCAGAACAGACAUGUGACCAAACCAGAUAAUGACCAGGUGGCGGUAUGUGGUCAGUACAGCCUUUGCAUUUCUUCUUCUCACAGAUAUCAUAAGAUUAUCUUAUUGUCAGUUUCUAAAUGGACCAAGACGAAAUCCUUUUGACCCCAUUAAAAACUUUCGAACUAUACCAAAUGUUCCAAGAUUUCGUGGAAAUGCAAGGAUUGGAAACUUUCAGAGAACAAAUUUGAAUGUUGUGCAGCAGAACAGUCUUCGAUUCCAACAGCAACAACUUGAACAGAGACUUUUAGAUAGACGAGAGGCAGAAGGAACUGAUUCUGAACGCGGGUAUACAGGUGGAAACAAUGUACAGUCUCAAUUUCCAAAUACUGGAUUUUGCCGUGAUGGUUGGACAGAAGCAUCAUUAGAUGGUGUUGCAAUAUGUAUUCGUGUAAAUACAGAUCCAUCAAAAUGGGAUGAUGCCCAAGAAAAAUGUAGACAAGAUUAUUCGUUUUUGUUAAAACUAGAAGUCCCAAUAAAAGUACAAUCAAAAUCCAUCCAAGAUCAUCUCCUGUCACUUGGUAUAAAAAAUGUUUGGACUGGUUUACAUUCGGAGCAUAAUCAUUUGGUUUGGGAUGGCAUCAGUCCCAGUUUAGUGAAGAGUCAGUCUAGGUUUGAGAAAUCUCCAUGGAAAUUCGAUCAAAACUUAGAACACAAUGGAAAUCAACUUUGUGGCGAAAUUGACAUCCAAAAUAACUCCCACAUAAUAGAAACUAAACGUAAAAGGCGUUCUAUUGGAGAGACGCGAGAAAAGCGAGCACCAGAAGAGAAAACGAAUCGCAACCUGUUUCCUAAUUUUUUCCCAUCCCAAACACCAACACCAAGUUCUAAAGAAAAUAUCGAUAAAAAUUUUCAAAAAGACUUUGCUCAGCUGAACAUUGUAGAUAGACUAAGAACGUUAAACAACGCACGUAGAAUUAUCAAUUUUGCCAACAACAGACAACGAGGAUUUUCAGAUCGUCACAACAAUCCGAUAUUAAAUCAACGACAAAUACAAAAUAAGAGGUAUCAAAAUUCACAAAGAAUUAGAAUAAAUCAGAAGUUCAAAGAUCCUUCUAUAUCACCAAGCAAUGUCAGACCUGUCAAUAACCAAAGAUUUUUAAGUUUGUUGAAUAUGUUACGCAGCGGUUCAACUCAAAUACAGCAAGAUAACACUAAUAAGAAUUCAGACAACAUAAAGAUGAUGAAUCAAGCCAAAAAUCUUAUGGAAAACACAGCAACAACUAUUGCACCUCCAGAAGAAAUAGAUCGAACUGGGAUUAUGAAUAUGGAAAGCCUUCAAAAGAUAGGAGAUCUAUUCAACAAACCAAAGCCUAGCGAGGAUGAUGAUUCAAAACUAAAAUUUGAUAAACUCCAAGAAAAAAUAAUGACUACUUCUGAUAAUUUGCAAUUUGUCUCUAAUCUUAAUUCUGCAAUCAGACCAACCAUGGAAACUAUUUUUGAUACCAUUCAGAAAAGUGCUGAUACAGAUAUUAAAAAUCCACUUAUUGGAUUGUCAGAAGCCAACACUGGAACAGAAAAGAAGCAAACAUCAAUUAGUGAUGCAUUUGAAAAAAUAUUAAGUGAUGACAAACACAAGAUAGACAUUGAAAACGAUAAUAAGAAUAACCUCGGUAUGAUAGAUUUUGGUUUUGGUAUGCCUUUAGCUAUAUCAAAACAAGAUACAUCUAGUAGAGUAAAUAUAAACCAAUUACAGAAUCAACCGUUACCAGUUAUACCUUCGACUCAUUUACCAGACAAAGAAGCACAACCAUCAAGUAAUACCAAUCUGAAAGUUAUCAACAAAGCAAUAGACGAAGAUAAAAAGGAAUUGAAAGACUCCAAUUUAAAAACUGACGACACGAAUUUUAAUCCUGUCUUGAAUCCACCACUGACCAUCGUUAAACCCAACAUACCGUCGACACCUCGAGAUAUAAUUCCAAAUCUAAGUAUUGGUAAUGAGGGAAUACAUGACACUAGUAUAUUAAUAGAUACAAUAGAAAAAAAUAUCGGUAAAGAUGAAAAGGAAAGUGAUCUAGCAUCUAAAACUGAACAAAACUAUAUUGGGGUUGAUGAAACAAACAGUCAACCUGUUGACCAAGGAAAGCAAGAAGAAGUAAAACAAAGCAUUGCAAAUAUGGGAAUUAAAAUUUCAUCAAAAGAAAAUCUAGACGACGAUAUUUUGCAACCACAAAACGAAAAUCUAGGCAUCAUUAAAGAGGACCAAAAACAAGACAGAAAAGUAAAUACUAAGACAGAUAAUCCCAACGAGAAAACUUUAACGCCACAGUCAAUUCUAACAAACAUAAUAAUUGACAAGGCCAUUGCAGAAAUAGACGAAGUUCUUGCACAGGAUGAUAUAAAUAGUGUGGAUGUCACAAGUGCACCACAUCCGAGUAUGAAUGACAUUGCCACCAAUAGGGACUAUACUGAUGAAAGCAUACCCAAGUUAGAAAGAAAACUUAAACAGGCUAAUAACCCACACCAUAAGAUUACUAAAUCAAUGAGGAGUACUACUGAAGCUAGUAUUACCACCGGGACAGCUGUAUCUAAAGGUAGUACUGUCACUGAAACAGGUGAAAAGGCUGUAUCUAAUGAAGGUUUGAUAAUACAGACACCGGAACGAGAAACAACAGAUGAUCAAUUAGCAAACAAAAAGGGAACUAAUAUAAACAAAAAUCUCUAUGAUAAGAUAGUAAACGAAAAAUUUGGUGGAAAAGUUGGAAACAUCCUUAAAAUACUGAACAAAAUGAGUGAAACAAAACCAACUGAAGUGCCAGAUGAUAAUGUUUUUGGUAGUAGCGUUGUUCAAAACAUGAUGAUCAAUGACAGGGAGGCUGCAAGUAUAGCAUACUUAACGACACCAUCAAAACCUAAGACAAUUAGUGAUGUUCAAUUGAUACUGCCAACAGCAGAACCAAAAGCAGACGAAAGCACUAACAAACAAGAUUUACUUUCCACUGAAUCUUUAACUUUAACUCCAAUCUCUCAAGAAGAUAGUAAAAGUUCUCAAGAUGUGAAGACAACACCAGAAGGUAUUGCAAUCAUUGAGAACAAAUCAAAUGAAGACAUAAGCACAUCGGACACCAGUGUGUCUGCAGAUGACAGUGAUACUACAAUAAAUGAGAUAAUCAUACCGAUGGAUGACAUGAUAAGCUCAGAGGGCGAUACAACUCUCAUAUCAAACAUCCAAGACGAAACGCUUGUUAAGUCUUUAAAUACCGAUUUGGAAGACAAAACAAAAGUUUUAACAUUUGGUGAUUCUGAUAAUAUGGUUUUGAAUGUAAACGAAAAAUCCAUUGGUUUGGAAGAUAUAUCGAUUAAACCUGUUGUUGUUGAAUCAAAUCUUCAGUCUUCUAGGCCUUCAGAUUUAAAAUCAGUGCUUGAUGAGAAAAUAUCAGUACCAGAAACAAGUGGAACAAUAUCAUCAGAUGAAGAUAUGGUUGGUAUUAAUGAGCAGGUAGACUCAGGUUUUACAACUGUUACAGCGGACGAAACAUCCAUAGUAGAUAAAGCGGGACUAGAAACUCACAAGACGGACGACAAAUUGGAAAAAGAAGAUAAAACUGUCUCUGAUGGCAAACGUUUGAACAUUGACGAUGAUCACCGUGUUAAAACAUCACCAAAGCAAUCAGAUAGUCUAGAGGGUGAUAUCACAGUUACUAAAACAGAUGAUAUCACAAGAGAAAACAGUGAUUACAUUUACACAGAACAGGCAUUACCAUCAGAUGAUAGUAAUGAAGACGAUACCAUUACACAAACGCCAUCUAGAACUGACAGUGAUAAGGUUGUAGUAGAGACAGAUGUAGUGUCUCCAGCUAAUAGCAGUAAAACUGCAUCAGAAGUUACUGAUGUAAUGGAAACAGAAACAACUAAUUUGCCAGAUGCUUUAGGAGAUAUAGAGGAACAAAUUAUGUCAGAAGUUUCUGAUUCAACUUCAUCGGAAAAAAUUGGUGAACAAGUUUCAGAAGUAUUAGAUAUCGACAAUAAUGAAAACAAAGAUAUUAUAGAGAAAACACAAGACAUGAUUGAAAAUAUUCACGACUCAAUUGAAGCAAUUCCAGAAACGAACGAUGGAGAAAUAAAAAAAUCGACAGAAGGUACAAAAGCAAUAGAAAUCGUACCAGAACUUUAUGAAGACGUGAUUAAAAAGAUUGAAGACGCGAGAGACAAUAUAAGUGAAAGAACUAACGAUAUAGCAGACGAAACCAACGAAGCAAUCGAUAAUUUCUCAGAAGAUGACACAAAUAGCAACGAGGAAGAAAGGCUUUCUAAAGAAAUUGUAUCAAAUGAAAAUGGAACUUCUGACGAAUAUCUAUCGGAUGAACUUGACUUGAGUGAAACUAAUGAUAUUUCUGGCGAAUAUUUGUCUGACGAGCAUUACUUAAAUGAAACCGAUGAUAUUUCUGACGGAUAUUUGUCGGAUGAACGUGAUUUGAGUGAAACCAAUGAUAUUUCUGGCGAAUAUUUGUCUGACGAGCAUUACUUAAAUGAAACCGAUGAUAUUUCUGACGGAUAUUUGUCGGAUGAACGUGACUUGAGUGAAAGCAAUGAUAUUUCUGGCGAGUAUUUGUCUGACAAACAUGACUUAAAUGAAACCGAUGAUAUUUCUGACAGUUAUUUAUCGGAUGAAAUUGACCUGAAUGAAACCAAUGAUAUUUCUGGCGAAUAUUUGUCUGACGAGCAUGACUUUAAAGAAACCGAUGAUACUUCUGACGAACAUAUGUCAGAUGAUCUUGACUUAAGUGAAAUAAAUGAUAUUAAAAUAGAAAGUUUUAAUAGUAAACACGAUAUGAAAGAUAUCUUACAGGACACAUCUGAUGACGAUGACAUAAGUAAAAUCAUAGAUAAUCAAAAUGACAAGUUCGACGAGCAGUUUAAUGAUACAGAUGAAAUUCUAGGAGACGAUCUAGACGUAGAUGUAGACGAAAAAGAUAACGCAGCAAAGGAAAUCGUCAGCGACAGCGAUGAGCUAUCGAAGGAAGUUGACAUUCAAACAGAUGAAAACAUUUCGGAUGAGAUACUUGGAAUUGAAAAUAUAACCCAUAGUUACGAUUCAAGUGAUGAAAUACUUGUUAGUGAGGCUGCAGCACAGGAUGACGCAAUACAUCAGCGAGAAUUUCGUGAUCUUGAUCCGGAAGAAGAUGUCGAGGAGUUUGUCCCUCCAGAAGAUAUAGUAGAACAUAUACCGAAACGAUCUGAAACUGACACAAAAAUCAUAGAAGAUACAAAAAAUCUGAUCAUGCGACUUGGAGGUUGUGACAAGCCAAAGCCAUCUGUGUGUUUCACACAGCCAAUUAAAGUGGACACAACAGUAUCCAUGUGUGGAAUUGGCUGGUACGGAAAUGUUUUUGUUGACAAGUGUUUCCGGUACAUAUCAGAAGCAAUGACUUUUACCUUUGCCAGAGAUACUUGUAUUCAGGAAGGGGGACAACUUGCAAGAGUUGACAACAGCUUUCUACGUAGAUUUAUAUUAACGUCAGUGGCACUGGCAAGAUACAAUUCUAAAAUUCAAAAUAACAUUAUAAACGUUUGGAUUCAUAGUGAGUCUAACAGUAAUCAGUGUCGUCAGUUAAAUAACAUAGGAGUGCAGAAUGUUAACUGUUUGACGUUAGCUGAAGCAGUAUGCGAAAGACCAAAGCAACAAAUAAAACCAUUCAAUGAAGGUGACAAUACUGACCACGACUUUGAAUAUGUUCAACCAGAGGUCAAACAGUUUAAAAUGGAAAGCGCCGAUAAUAAAUUGGAAUGUCCUCUUAAUAAUGAACAUCCUGAAUUGCCUGUUAUGUGGUAUAAGGAUGGUGUCCCCCUUAAACCAAAGAUUACAAAAACAUCAAAGAGUAUCACAUUCCCAUCACUCUCAACAAUAGCUGCCACUUCGACGUCAGAUUUGUACCUUACACCUGACCUUUCACGAUCACUACAUUUCCGUAAUACAAAUGACACAAUGGAAAUACUACAAGGCAGGUAUUGGUGUGAAGUAUGGACAAGCAAUCCAUUUAAACGUCUGGAAUCCAAACCAACACUCAUUAGAUACUCAGAUGUUAUGUCGUUUGUUGGUUUCCUGAAUAUUCAUCCGCUAUCAGUGUAUGAACGCACCCUUUACAACAUGAUGAACGAAAAGUCUCUGUCAAUCACUAAUGUGGUGAAGGAUCUGCAGAUAAUACAUGACAGCAUCUUGUCAGAUAUUCAAUUGAUUGUUCCUGAAGUUGUUAUAAUUAAAGUCAAUCCAGAUUUUGUUGAAAGUGGAAAGCCACAAAGGCUGAAAUUCUAUACACAUGUUACCAUGUCAACAACGUAUACAAUGGCAACAGAAAGAUCAAUUAACAUACUGAUGAGGAGGGAGCUGAGGGAGAAUUUACAAAACACUUCAUUUAUGCUGUCCCUUCCAGGAAAAACACCAAUUCAUCUAGUCAGGUCAUUAAAGUUCUACAGCACAGUUGCUUGUCCCAUGGACGAACUAAAAGACAAAGAAACUUCACUAGUUGCGACCUUUCCAAGCUCAGCAACAGGAUUAGAAGUCACAAGUAUAGAAACAUGUGAAGGAGAAGUUGCAGGAAGGGCAAAAUGUGACGGUGAUUUCGAAACAGGGGCCCAUUGGACCGACGUUCGAGUUUUUAAAACAUGUAAUAAUGGAGAUGAUGAUAGUGAGAACACGGAUUCUUCCUCAGAAGAACAAGACGACGCCACUGUUAUGGGUCAUAUAAGUAGAGAAAGAAGAUUAAAAGAGCUAGCAGAGGUUGAUGUUGAAGACGACAAUGCAGAAACAGUAAUGGAAGAAACGGCAGAGAUAAUAGAAAAUGCCCAAGAAAUCACCGCAGAGUAUGUCGACUACAUAGCUGAAAUAGUGGACAAAACUGCAGGAGUAAAGAAAGCAACACAAAUGACAAGUGAAAACAUUGUUAAGACUGUCGAUAGACUAUUAGAUAUUGAUGAUGAUGAGGUUAAGAAAUCGACGAAGGCCAAUAGUAUUAUAAAAAGCCUGGAAAAAGUGGCAGGAAAAAUGAAUCUUGACGUAUACGGACAGUUUAGAAUAGUUACUCCAAAUGUUGCAUUAGAAGUGUGGGAUUUGAAGUAUCAGAGCCUUCCUAUAAUAGGUUUAGCUGCUAAAGAAGAUCAAAAGAAAAAAGAAUUCGAUGAAAGUCAUAUCAUAACAUUGUAUAACAGAUCUCAAGUUUACUUUGAUGACAUAAAUGCCGCUAUUGAAUUACCACCGGAACUUGUAGAGGAAGUGAUGACAGAAACAGAAUCUCGUUUGUACAUGAUGGUGUACAGACAUGGCCGUUUGUUCCAAACAAUGACCGAAGCACAAGAAAACCUCGAACAAAACAGAGAGGCACAGUUUGUUGAUGACAGUGGAACUUUGAACACCUUUGUAAUAUCAGCUAGUAUUGGUGGCAAGAAAAUAGAAAAUUUGAAGAACCAUGUGAAAGCCAUAUUCAAACCUCUCAAGGACGCUAAAGGGAAAGAAAAAACGUGUGCCCACUGGGAUUUUACAUUAAAUAAUAACCGUGGAGGAUGGUCAGCCAAAGGAUGUGUUUAUAAUGGAACUGUAAAUGGGAGAGAUGUCUGUCUGUGUAAUCAUUUGACUAAUUUCGCAGUUCUUAUUGACUUUUAUGGUCAAGCAGAACCUAUACCCGAACAUCAUGAGAUAUCUCUCAGCAUUAUUUCACUGAUUGGUUUAAGUUUGUCUAUCUUAGGAUUGUCUCUUACAAUCAUCUCAUACGCCUUUUUCAGGAAGUUACGACGAGGACGUGCACAACAGACAUUAUUUAAUUUGGCCCUUUCGAUGUUGUGUUCUUGGGUUGUAUUUCUAACUGGUAUUCGGCAGACCCAUAGUUUCUAUGGUUGUAUUGUAGUUGCCGUCUUGUUGCAUUACUUUAUCUUAUCAUCUUUUAUGUGGAUGUUGAUGGAGGCAUUUUUGCAGUAUCUUACAUUUGUGAAAGUUCUCGGCACCUAUGUCACUAGAUAUAGACUAAAGACAGUCCUUGUAGCAUGGGGUCUACCCUUAAUUCCAGUAGUAGCUGUAUUAAGUAUAGACUACACUCUAUACUCUGGUGGCAGUCGAUAUUGCUGGAUGUCUUUAACAGCGUUCUAUUACUCAUUUGCCAUUCCCGUUGGGUUAAUUAUAUUAUGUAACCUGACAGUAUUCGUGGUAACGGUCAUCAGUAUAUGUAGAAGACCAACUGGUUUACGGACCAACCAAUCAAAAUCAAAGAUGGCAAUGGCAAACUUACAGGCGGCUAUAACAAGUUUUGUUUUGCUCGGACUGACAUGGUUUCUUGGUUAUCUUGCGAUAUCCGACGCUAGACUUCCAUUUCAGUAUGCCUUUACUAUCCUUAAUUCAUUACAAGGAUUUUUCAUAUUCAUCCUAUUUGUCUUACGAAAGAAACGUGUUCGAGACCAAUGGCUAAUUUUGUGUUGCUGUAAGGUUCCAGAACAAGAGAAAGCAUUACGAUCAUUGUCAGCGUCAGGUUCAAUUCCUAGUACCGGAAGUGGAAGGAGUAGCUACAGCGGAAGAAGCGAAAGAUCAGACAGUACAAGAACAACAACAAGUUUUGUAAAUGAUUCAUAUGACUCUUUAUUUUUUCCCUUCAAAUCAUCAAGACCAACUCUUUACUACAGAGAAAAGUCAAACAGUAUAACUAGUGAAUAAUAUGCGUUUGCAUUUGCUUCUUUGUACGCAUGUUCACUUAUGAUUGUAUAGCGUUGGUUAUAUCUUAAAGGCAGGCAUGUUAUGGUAUAGGAAUGUAUAGAAAUGUGUUUAUCGAGGUAAAACAUGUGAUAUAAUAGUGAUACUGUUACAGAAUAGUACACUCAAUCUUAUUUUUGCCCUACUUUGUAUAACUUGUAUGUGUGAGAAAAAAGUUAAAAAAAAUAUUUAACAACUGUCUCUUGUGAUGUUGCAUUCUCAUUGGUGCACUUUGUGGAUAUAUAAACUUGUAUGAACUUUUAGUGCUAAUAUAUUCUGAUAUAUUCAUCACAAUGAUAUUGUCUCAUGAUAAAGAGUCGUCUCGUGUGGUCUCUUGAAUAUUCAAUUGCACUCUGUAAAUAUACAGUUGUCGCCCUGUAAAUAUAAAGUUGUCUCCCUUUGAAUUAUUUAAACAUCAUGUUAUUGUAAAAUAAGACAAUUUAGACUGUUUAUACCUGCAUUCUUGUAUCAAUUUGAAUAACAAUUUUUGUUUAAAUUGCAAUUAAUUUAUUAUUUUAUUACCCUUGUAGUUGUGAAUGUGAUAUGACAAUAAAAAUACAUAUUUAAGUAUUUUAUGUAUUAAUAAAAACCACUUCAUGCUUGUAAACAACCAUUUCACUUUAUAAUGAAUGCAUAUACAACAGACUGCAGAAUACAUUAAUGUAAGAUUGGGUUUAAAAAACAUAUUUUUUUCAUACAAAAGAAUAUAAAUUUGGUGGUUAUCAUAGAGUAGUAAACACUGAUAGUUCAUAGAUUGAUUAAACACUUUAUAAUGCUGUGUUUGAACAAAGUAUGAAGAUGCCAACGGGAAACAAAAAACCCUUCGUUGGAGAAAACAGGCAACUCCAUGUCCAAAAAUGAAAACACAAAGAGAAAAUAAAACUAAAAACAGUACACAGAAAUCUAAAGAUUGUGUAACACAAAUCUCAUUAAACACCGCAGAAAAACUGACGGAGUUGCUCGGGAAGGUUAAGCAACUCUGGUAUCUUUGAUGAGUUUUUACGACCACUGUGUCGAUGCCACUUCUGUGCUGACAUGAAAUGUCAUUGAUAUGUUAUUUUCAGCAAAUUUACAGUUUAUAAAAUGUUGAAUUAUUCGAAACACUA